AUGAUGUUAGGACCACCAGCAACUCAAAAGAAGUCAACAACUGACGCAUCUUCUCCAGCGACAACGACAACGACAACGACACAGAAUAAGAUUGUUCCAAGAUCAUCUUAUGAUGUACCGAGGGAUAUUGGACCUGGAUUGCUCAAGUUCUGUUUGACACAUACAGACUCACCGAAUUUGAAAGAGACAGUGUUGACAGACCGUGACCCAAAGGAUUAUGAAUGGUUGCGCGCUGCAUUCGACAACUUGGAGGACGACGCCAAGAAGAUGACCAAGAUCAACGACAUACUCAAGAACCCCGAGUCCACACCUGGUCAGCGCUGCUCAUCACUGGACGCAUUGGAGUUCUUUAUCGAGGAUAUUGACAAUGCAGGCGACUACAUCAAGAUUGGUGGCGUGCCUAUUUUGUUGGACUUGAUCAAGGGCGAGGACAGGGACACGCGUGCCAGAGCAACGUUGUGUCUCUCAAUCAUCACACAGAAUGAGGAGUCGAUUCAAAAGUAUUUGAACCAGCUUGGCGUUGGCGACAUUAUAUUGGGACUGCUGAGCAGAGAGACCAACGCAUUAUGUCGCGAGAAGUUCCUCUCAUUGCUGAGUGCGCUGGGCGCCGCUGGACUCAUUGACAAGGACCAUCCCGAGAGAAUGGAAUCAUUGAUGAUGCUAUGUGUAUCAUUCCUCACACCAGAGGUCGACAUUUACAUCCCAUUGGAUAGCAGCACUGCCAACAACAACGCUGAAACAGUCAAGGAGACAUCAACAAAGCAUGUUGUUCCAAACAGUGUCACUGGAAUGAUCAAGGCAACACAUAUAUUGAGAAAGAUACUACAUCUGCAUCCGGCACUGAAGGCCAAGGCAAACGAGUGCGGCGUACUGGAGGCUUUGGUCGGCCUCGUGCACAGCUUCAACAACGCCAAAGUCACAGACUCUCACCAGGCCAUUCUGUGUGAGAAGUGCGAGGACACACUGCUCGAGCUGGUCAAGGGCAACCAAGACAAUCUGGUCGAGUGCAAGAAGCUCAGGCUGCUGGAUGAGGUUAGCGCGAGACUGAAAAGUCUUGACAAGUUCCAAGAGGAGUACGAGCAGGAGCUGACCGUGUUGCGCGCGCUAUCCAAUCUGUUGGUGCAA